UUGCGUCACAUACGCAUUUAUUUUAAUGUUUUCUUUUUUCCCUCCUAUUUUGUUUAUUAUCAUGACAAUUUAUUCCUAAAACGUAACGUCGGUGAAUUAUAAUGCAAUACUGCUCCGCGUGUAAAAUAACAAAAAAUAUAUCUAACCUUGAGGCUAUUGUGUUAACUCAAAUCAACUGUUUACAAUUCGAACAUUCGAAAACAUUACAUAUUUCCUAGUUUCUGCCUUGAUUUCAAAUAAACCAGUGCUAGUUUCCACUCAGUUUAGUUGUCCUUUCUGCGAAUUUCAUUCGAAUAACUGUUUGAACGUUCCAGGUGAAGAUUUAGUGCAAUGCGUCCCAACAAGGAAAGGCCACCAGAUUCUCUACAAAGGUUACACGUACGUGUUCAAGAGUAGGCUGCAGUGCGGUGCAGAGCAGUGGUGCUGCUCGUACCGGCAGAAAACAGCAAUGCAGAACCCAGACGAACUGCCAGAAUGGGUGUCAAUAUAUUUUCUGAAGAAGGAUGACAAUGCCCAACGAUGCAACAUAUGCGAGAAAGUGGUCCCAGCUUCGGAGAAGUCCUUAGAUCUCUUAGAGCAUUUAAAAACAAGUCAUGCCGAAGUCAUAGAUUUACAUAAGAACCCGGAUUCAACAGUGGGGUUUCGCAUAGAGUUCCUUCAGUUGAAUGUUCUCAAUGAAGAUGGUGCAGAGAAGACACAGCCAGUGAUCCUGGGUGAGAUGUGUGAAGGGCCUACAGAGGAGGUUGUCAGCGAAAAGACCAUCGCCCAGACGGACUGUGACCUUUCUAAUGUUCAGUAUGUUCUGAUUCCGAGGAAAAGGAAAUACAAACGGGACCAUGAGACUCGGAAACGCAGCUGGGUGUGGAAAUACUUCGACAAACUGAGCACCAUCAUCUUCCGGUGCAACAUAUGCAACGUCGUGCUGUCUAUCAAGGGCUGUAACACCAACAACAUGAACCGGCACGUCCGCACUCGCCACCCGAACGUCUACCAAGUCGAAGUGGGGGGCAAGGGGGAGACGGACCCUAUCCUGGACCUUCAGGAAGUGGAGACACCCUACGCUGUGAAAACAGAGGAAAUCACGGACAAGGACUAUGAUGAUCAGAGCGUUGUAGAGAGCCCCGACAAGAAGGCCCACCGAAGCUGGGUAUGGUCCUACUUCAAGAAGCUGAGCGGGACCCAGGCCCAGUGCAAGCUGUGCAACCGGAACAUCUCCCACGGCGGCAACGCCACCGGCAACAUGAACAGACACAUCAAGAUGAUACACAAGGAGGUGUACACCAAGGUUGCAGACGAAAACAGCUGGGUGUGGAAAGUGUUUGAAAGCGACGAAGACGAGUUCUACUCCUGCAAGAUCUGUCAGUUCAAAUGCACCAAAUACGCCAACAUCGACAAGUCUGUCCACUGCAUUCUCAAGCAUUUGAAGGCGGACCAUGGUGUGGUGUCUGGCGACCAGAUUAUCACUAGUGUGGAUUGUGAUACCGAGCCACAUUGAUUGUGGACUUUAUU